UUCUCAAUGGCUACAAACGGAACAGAUCACAUCCUUCCCAGCUUUCUAUGCCUUAUACUUCUGUUUGGAACUGCUUAUUCCCAGACAGACAAAUUGCUUCAAGGGCAAUUGCUCAAAGAUGGGGAUCAGCUGGUUUCUGCUUUUGGUAACUUCAGGUUGGGAUUUUUUAGUCCACCGGGCACUACAAAGCGUUACUUAGGAAUAUGGUAUUACAGGUCUCACGAAUUGGACGGCCAACAAUUCUAUGGUCAUGCUGAUCGAGAUUGCUACAAAGACUACUACAGUUCUCAGUGUGCUCGCAGCAAUAGGAUUCAACCCGUGUGGGUUGCCAACAGGGACACUCCAGUCUCGGAUAAAUCCGGAAGGCUUACAAUAAACAGUACAAAUGGAAAUCUGCAAAUCUUACAUAACAAGGGGAAUCCUACUUUAAUCAGUUCAGUUCAAGGAGGUAGUAAUACAAGUGCUUUUCUGGACAAAUCUGGAAAUUUCAUCCUGUAUGAAAUGAAUUCGAAUGGAUCGACAGGGCGGGUGUUAUGGCAAAGCUUUGAUUAUCCAACUGACACCCUUCUGCCUGGAAUGAAACUGGGAAUCAACUGGCAAAGUCGGCGUCAAUGGUAUCUUAAUUCAUGGAUUACAGAAAGUAAUCCUGCCAAUGGUGCAUAUACACUCAGGAUGGCCCUCAGUGAUCAAUAUGGCACGUUGCUGAUCCGGUCAGGAGAGAAAACCAUUUGGCAAAGCGGGUACUGGCUAAAUGGUUCCUUCACAGAAGCUGACUCACCAAACAUUUUCUACAACUUUAGCUACACUUCAAAUGAACAAGAGAAAUACUUCAAUUAUUCUGUAAAUGAAGAUGUCACAUCUUUUCCAGCCUUGAUACUUAGUCAGGACGGGCAUCUCAGAUUCGUGCGCGACGAAAGUUCAGAAACACUUGAAGCCGCUGUAUUUGGAAGGUCUGAGCAGUUUUUUGAAACAAUAGCACACGAAGAGAAAAGAUUGUGGCAGCAUACACAGUUAUUCAUUGGAAUACUGGUAAUUACAGUGGUGACUCUUUUUGGUUUCUAUUGUUACCGAAAGUGGAGAGAAUACAAGUUAGACAUAGAGGAGGAAUGGUGGAAGUCACUUGGAAUAGUUUUAUUAAUACCUCUGUUAUGCUACCACAGCUAUUUGAUAUUGAGAAAACUCAAGAUUAAAGUGGAAAGCAUAUGGAAUCGAUGGAAGCUAUUACAUGAACUUGGAGAUAACAUCUCAGUAUCACUUCCAAUAACAUUCGGGAGACGAAAAUCCCAACAUAAAGAUCAGAAACAAGAGAUGAAGAUAUUUGAUUUUCAAAUUAUUGCUGCUGCUACAAACAAUUUCUCAGCGACAAAUAAGCUAGGACAGGGUGGUUUUGGUGCAGUGUAUAAGGGAAAAUUACCAGAUGGACCAGAAAUAGCAGUUAAGAAGCUCUCAAAAAGUUCAGGACAGGGAAUAGUUGAGUUCAAGAAUGAAGCUAAACUCAUUGCCAAACUCCAACACACUAAUCUUGUUAGGCUUUUAGGAUGUUCUCUUCAUGGAGGAGAAAGGAUUUUAGUUUAUGAGUACUUGCGUAACAAAAGUUUGGACUUCUUUCUUUUUGAUUCGAGUAGAGAGAACUUAUUGAAUCUGAAGAAACGUCUUAGCAUAAUUGAAGGAAUCGCUCAAGGACUUAUUUAUCUCCAUAAAUAUUCAAGAUUGAAAGUGAUUCACAGAGAUUUGAAAUCUAGUAACAUAUUACUAGAUGAUCAAAUGAAUCCAAAAAUAUCAGAUUUUGGCCUAGCAAGAGCUUUUGGGGUGGAUGAGUUAGAAGCAAACACCAAUAGAAUCGUUGGAACACAUGGCUACAUGUCUCCGGAGUAUGUUUUGAAAGGCGUUGUCUCAAUGAAAACUGAUGUAUACAGCUUUGGAGUCAUGGUAUUAGAAAUUAUGAGUUGCAAGAAGAACAGUGGUUGCUACGACCCAGAGCGCCCACUCAACCUUGUUGGAUAUGCAUGGCAGCUGUGGAAUGAAGGUAAAGGUUUAGAAUUAAUAGAGCAAACAAUGGAUGAAUGUUGCUGCGCUAAUCAAGUGUUGAGAUACCUUCAUGUGGGUCUCCUGUGCGUCCAAGACCAAGCGAGGGAUAGGCCAACAAUGUUGGAGGUUAUUUCCAUGCUCACCAAUGAGACUACGAUUCUACCUGCUCCAAAGCAACCAGCAUUUUUCAUUAAUGUUACUUCUCAAGAGCCUCAAGUUCCUCAAAACAAAUUUGAAAUUUGUUCAGCAAAUAAUGUGACAAUUUCAGAGAUGGAAGGAAGGGGCACUACAGACCGUUACUUAGGAAUAUGGUAUUAUAGGGCUCAGGAAUUGGAUGGCCGACAAUACUAUGGUCAUGCUGAUCGAGAUUGCUACAAAGACUACUACAGUUCUCGGUGUGCUCUCAACAAUAGAAUUCAGCCUGUGUGGGUUGCCAACAGGAACACUCCAAUGGCAGAUGAAUCCGGAAGGCUUACAAUAAGCAGUACAAAUGGAAAUUUGCAAAUCUUACAUAACAAGGGCAAUCCUAUUGCAAUCAGUUCAGUUGAAGGGGCUAGUAACACAAGUGCUUUUCUAGACAAAUCUGGAAAUUUCAUCCCGUAUGAAAUGAAUUCGAACGGACCAACAGGGUGGGUGUUGCCUGGAAUGAAACUGGGAAUCAACUGGCAAAGUGGGCGUCAAUGGUAUCUUCAUUCAUGGAUUACAGAAAAUAAUCCUGCCAAUGGUACAUAUACACUCAGCAUGGACCUCAGUGUUCAAGACGGCCGGUUGAUGAUGCAGUCAGGAGAGAAAAUCAUUUGGCAAAGCGGGUACUGGCAGAAAAAUGGUUCCUUUGCAAAAGCUUCUUUACCAAAUAUUUUCUACAACUUUAGCUACACUUCAAAUGAACAAGAACAAUACUUCAAUUAUUCCGUAAAUGAAGAUGUCACACCUUUUCCAACCUUGAUACUUAAUCAGGAUGGACAUCUCAGAUUAGUGCGCGACAAAAGGUCAUUAACACUUGAAAGGGCUGUAUUUGGAAGGUCUGAGAAGUUAUUUGAUAAAAUGGCACUCGAAGUAGUAGGAGCAUUUUUAUUAAUACCUCUGUUAUGCUACCACAGCUAUUUGAUAUUGAGAAAACUCAAGACUAAAGUGGAAAGCAUAUGGAAUCGCUGGAAGCUAUCACAUGAACUUGGAGAUAACAUCUCAGUAUCACUUCCGAUAACAUUCGGGAAACGAAAAUCCCAACAUAAAGAUCAGAAACAAGAGAUGGAGAUAUUUGAUUUUCAAAUUAUCGCUGCUGCUACAAACAAUUUCUCAGCAACAAAUAAGCUAGGACAGGGUGAUUUUGGUACAGUGUAUAAGGGAAAAUUGCCAGAUGGACAAGAAAUAGCAGUUAAGAAGCUCUCACAAAGUUCAGGACAGGGAGUAGUAGAGUUCAAGAAUGAAGCCAAACUCAUUGCCAAACUCCAACACACUAAUCUUGUUAGGCUUUUAGGAUGUUCUCUUCAUGGAGGAGAAAGGGUUUUAGUUUAUGAGUACAUGCCUAACAAAAGUUUGGAUUUCUUUCUUUUUGAUUCUAGUAGAAAGAACUCAUUGAAUCUAAAGAAACAGCUUAGUAUAAUCGAAGGAAUUGUUCAAGGACUUAUUUAUCUCCACAAAUAUUCAAGAUUGAAAGUAAUUCACAAAGACUUGAAAUCUAGUAACAUACUAGAUGACCAAAUGAAUCCAAAAAUAUCAGAUUUUGGCCUAGCAAGAGCUUUUGGGGUAGAUGAGUUAGAAGCAAACACAAAUAGAAUCGUUGGAACACAUGGCUACAUGUCUCCGGAGUAUGUUUUGAAUGGCGUUGUCUCGAUGAAAACCGACGUGUACAGCUUUGGAGUCAUGGUAUUAGAAAUUGUGAGUUGCAAGAAGAUCAACGGUUGCGACGAUGUAGAGCGCCCACUCAACCUUGUUGGAUAUGCAUGGCAGCUGUGGAAUGAAGGUAAAGGUUUAGAAUUAAUAGAGCAAACAAUGGAUGAAUGUUGCUGCCCUAAUCAAGUGUUGAGAUACCUUCAUGUGGGUCUCCUGCGCGUCCAAGACCAAGCAAGGGAUAGGCCAACAAUGCUGGAGGUUAUUUCCAUGCUGGCCAAUGAGACUAUGAUUCUUCCUGCUCCAAAGCAACCAGCUUUUUUCAUUAAUGUUACUUCUCAAGAGCCUCAAGUUCCUCAAAGCAAAUUUGAAAUUUGUUCUGCAAAUAAUGUAACAAUUUCAGAGAUCGAAGGAAGAUAA